AUCUUUUCUGGCUCGGUAGGAGGAUGUUUCGGUCCAAAGAACGAGCAGAACCGAGACCCUGCGACACCCAUUGCAACAUCAUGGGCUGCAGUUAGCAGAACACCUGCACGGCUGAGGGAAGAGGAGCGGGUGGAGCCGCUGUUUGCUUGGAUGUCUGCGGUGUAGAGGGCGCUAGCUGUUAGCUACCAUUAGCGGGAUAACGGCAGAAGCGUGCAGGCAGCUGGACUCCCGGGAACAGCCUGGGUCGGUACUGGAGGUCUGGUAUGCUGGUUUGGAUCGGUACCUGGAGAUACAGUUGGACUCUCUGCCGGUACCUGAAGGUCCAGUUGGACUCUCUGUCGGUACCUGGAGAUCUGGUAUACUGGUUUGUGUCGGUACCUGGCAGGCGGGUUUCAGUUUUUUUUGCAUUAAGAUGUCCUGAUUGAGCUUCUAGUUUGGGCUGAGCUCGGUUCUGGUUCUGAAUGAUUCUGUUUGUAAGUGGAAGAUGUGGGAGAGAAUAAAUGGUUCUGAUAAGUGAGUGGUUCUGAUAAACUAGAUGCGUCUUUAGUUUCCAGGUCUGACAGAGUGUGGAGCGGUUUGGGUUUGGAUCAGAACUUCCACAUUAGAACAUGAUCCUGAACCAUGGUUCUGAGUGGAGGAAAGGAUUGAGUGUUUUGGGACAAAUGGGCCGUUGGUUCUGGUUCUGAACAUCAGAGGGGUUCCUCUUCUAAGUCAAACCAAGCCACGCAUAAACAGGGUUUGGUUCUACCAGAACCUCCUGUGGAUGGACAGAGCUGUUCAUCUGGAUUUAAGAUUGACCCAUAAGCAGAUGGUCUGGUCGGAUCCGGUUGUCCUGAAUUAUUCACCUUUCUAGUAAACAUGGUGACGCUCCCAGAGUUCCAGCAGCAGAUUGUGGGUGUUUGGCUCCUUCUGAGGUUCUGAGAAACCUGAGACAAGUCUCCCCUGAUUGGCCGCUGAACCCGGCGUCUCCCCUGAUUGGCCGCUGAACCUGGCGUCUCCCCUGAUUGGCCGCUGAACCCGGCGUCUCCCCUGAUUGGCCGGACCAGAGCAAGGUCGUGUGAUGGGACUCAGUGUCUCUGGGGCGUCCUCUGAGCUGAAGCUCCUCAACUGAACACACAUCUGAGCGCCUCGCACACACACACACCUGUGAGCCGCGUUUUCUCACCUCCAGGCCAGACGCUGCUGUCCCAAGGUGCAUUGCUGCAUCGUCCACCAUGUCGGACGCCCCCGAGGCUGCGCCCGCCAGCCCCCCCCCAAUCACCAACCCGCCCCCACCUGAGGUGUCCAACCCCAACAAGCCUGGCAGGAAGACCAACCAGCUCCAGUACAUGCAGAACGUUGUGGUAAAGACUCUGUGGAAGCAUCAGUUCGCCUGGCCUUUCUACCAGCCAGUGGACGCCAUCAAGCUGUGUCUCUGGGACUACCAUAAGGUGAUCAAGAACCCCAUGGACAUGGGAACCAUCAAGAAGCGUCUGGAGAACAACUACUACUGGAGUGCCAGCGAGGCCAUGCAGGACUUCAACACCAUGUUUACCAACUGCUACAUCUACAAUAAGCCCACAGACGACAUCGUCCUGAUGGCUCAGGCCCUGGAGAAGAUCUUCCUGCAGAAAGUGGCUCAGAUGCCCCAGGAGGAGGUCGCCCUGCUUCCGCCGGCGCCCAAAGUGAAGAACAAGAGCAAGCAGCCGCCGGCCACCACAGUGAGUCAGCAGGCCGAGUCCUCCGCCUCCCCGCCUCCCUCGUACCCGUCCCCCUCCCCCACCCAGACUCCUGUCAUCUCAACCACGCCCACACCUGUACCCGCCACGCAGCCCCCGGCGGCCAUGAUGCCCUCUGCACAACCAGUCGUCAAGCAGAAGAAGGGUGUGAAGAGGAAAGCGGACACCACAACCCCGACCACGUCGGCCAUCUCCGCCGGCCGCGCCGACUCCCCGUCCGCCCAGGACGCCAAGCCGGCCAAGCUGGCCUCCUCCCGCCGAGAGGCCGCUGCCCGGCCCGCCAAGACCCGCCGCGAGACGGUGGAGGAGGGGGCGGGGGGCGAGGCGGCGCUGGGUGGGGCGGGGGCAGGCGCCAGGAAGGGCGGCAAGCUGGGGGAGCAGAUGAAGCACUGCGACGCCAUCUUGAAGGAGAUGCUGUCCAAGAAGCACGCCGCCUACGCCUGGCCCUUCUACAAGCCGGUGGACGCCGAGGCGCUGGAGCUGCACGACUAUCAUGACAUCAUCAAGCACCCCAUGGACCUCAGCACCGUCCGGAAAAAAAUGGACAAAGGAGAAUACAGCGACCCACAGAGCUUUGCCACGGACGUCAGGUUAAUGUUCUCCAACUGCUACAAGUACAACCCCCCCGACCACGAGGUGGUGGCCAUGGCCCGCAAGCUGCAGGACGUGUUCGAGAUGCGCUUUGCUAAGAUCCCAGACGAGGGCCUGGAGGUGUCGGUCCCGUCCACCACGCCGGUGGUCAGUAAAAGCACCGCCUCCUCCGACAGCAGCAACAACUCCUCCUCCGACGAAUCGUCGGACUCCGAGGAGGAGCGAGCCACCCGACUGGCCGAGCUACAGGAGCAGGUUGGUGCUGCCGACCAAUCACAGCUGAAGGCCGUGCACGAGCAGCUGGCCGUGCUGUCGCAGGCGCCUGUCAGCAAGCCAAAGAAGAAGAAAGAGAAGAAGGACAAAGAGAAGAAGAAAGACAAGGACAAAGGGAACAAAGCCAAGAUAGAAGAAGAGAAGAAACCCAAGGCUGCCGCUCAGCAACCCAAGCCAGCCAAUCAGAAGAAAGCACCAGCCAGGAAAGCCAACAGCACGGUACCGCCCACCAGGCAACCGAAGAAAGCCAACAAGACGUCAGGCGGCGGAUCGGCCAACGGCGACGACGGCGAGGAGUCGUCCCUGCCGAUGUCGUACGACGAGAAGCGGCAGCUGAGCCUGGACAUCAACCGGCUGCCGGGGGAGAAGCUGGGCCGGGUCGUCCACAUCAUCCAGUCCAGGGAGCCGUCGCUGAGGGACUCGAACCCCGACGAGAUCGAGAUCGACUUCGAGACGCUCAAACCCUCCACGCUGCGCGAGCUGGAGCGCUACGUCAAGUCCUGCCUGCAGAAGAAGCAGAGGAAGCUGCUGCAAAAGGCAGCUGGGGGCGGAGCCUCUGGGGGCGGGGCCAGUCGCCUGAGUGGCAGCUCCUCUUCCUCGUCUGAUGACAGCUCCUCGACGGGCUCCUCCUCUUCCUCCGACACAGACUGAGAACACGGUUCAGUUCACACAGACAGGACUGCUCUCACACACACACACACACACACACACACACACACGGAGACUGUAUGUAAAUAGGCCGACAUGUUUUUUAGCUCCUAGUGUUCCUGUUUUCGUUGGAGAAACACGGACAGGCCGAGGAAGAGGAGGACGAAGAGUGGAGGACACCUGGGCAUCAUCUUCCUCCUCCUCUUCCUCCAGGGUGGCCGGCAGUGACCCCUGACCUCAGAACACAUUCCAGAGUCAUCCGUCAAGCAUCAUGGGAGAUAUGGAUGGGAAGGGGGCGGGGCUACCAGAGGAAGAAGAGCAGCGAUCUGAUUGGCUGGGCAGCGGGCCGGGCCAGCAGAACCCCAUGGUUCUGAAGGACUGUUGGUGCAGCAGCGGUUCUGGGCGCGGCCAGCAGGCAGCGCCGCAGGAGAAGCUCAUCUCUCUCCAACCCUUCUGGUCCUCGGGCUCCACGGUUCUCCUGAACAGAACCAGAUCCAGUUGGUUCUCCGCCGGGCCUCUCACCAGAACCCUGUGGGUCCGGGCGCCGCCGUCGCCACGGUAACCCAACAAGGCAGAUUCCUAACACUACAUUUCCUUUUUUCUUCUGUUUGGGUUUUCCGGUCGUGUGCUGACCCGUUUGUGUCUUCUAAAGUUCUCAGUAUAUGAUGUUUUUGCCGCUGUCCGGUCCGAACUCUGAACCCUCUCCGUCCGAGUCCAGAACCGCAGGAGGCCCGGUCCCUGCCCCGGAGACUAAAGGUUCUGAUCCGACCCGAGGAGCUUCUCAAUGUUUUUUAAGGAUCAGACGGGAGGCGGUACCACCAGUUCCACCAGAAUCGGGCCUCAGCGGUCGGUUCUGGUUCUGGCGUCGGUGGCUCAUGAACCGGACUCUGGGUCGGCGCCAGGUCACAGGAAGGAGAACGCCGCCUUCUGCUGCACAUGUGACGGAACUGAUCAUGUAGAGUAACAGCCAAUCAGGAAGGAGAUGGGCAGGAGUUUCUGUGGGCCCUGAGUCUCUGAUUGGCUGAGCCCUGCAGCGCCCCCUGCAGCCCGUCUGUGUACAGUUCAGUUGGAUUUUUAUUGUUUUUAUUUUUUAAAAUAUUGAACCAAAGUUCGCAGCCUUCCUUGGCAGUGUGGUCGUCAUGGAGACGGAUCAGCAGCGGCGCCCCCACCGGACAGCCCGUUGCCACAGUAACCCUCCCCCCCCCUUUGUUUUUAGUUGAUGGUGGAGCUUCGAUGCUGAUAGUUAAUUUUUGUAUUUUAUAAGAAAAAGGAAGAAAAAAGUGAUUUUAUGUAUCUGCAUGCACUCCGGCCGUACGUUACUUCUGUAUGUUUGAGCACUGUAUAGUAGCUGUAAGUAGCUGUGUGAUAGACAGAGACCAGAACCGGGUCGGAGGAGAACCCAGCGCAGAGGAGGAACCGACUAAAACCAUCAAGUGGAUUAAUAAUUGAUGUAAUUACUCAAACAGGAUCCUUAUUUUCUGACUUCAUUUGUUUUCAUAAAUAAACACAUAAACUGA